AUGCGAGCAGUUCGCUAUCAUGGAAGAGAAGAUGUCCGAGUAGAUGAUGUGCCAGAGCCAGUAUGUGGAAGUGGACAAGUCAAGUUGUUGCCACGGGGGGUUUGGAUUUCUCACCAUCCGAAGAUCAAACCAGCAUUCGUCGGUAUAUGUGGUAGUGAUCUUCAUGAGUAUAUGGGUGGUCCACAUGCAGUACCUCGAACUCCACACCCGCUCACCGGCGAGAAACUCCCUACUACGCUCGGCCAUGAGUUCAGUGGGAUCAUCGAAGAAGUUGGAACAGAUGUGACGGAUCUCAAAGUUGGUGACAAGGUCGCCGUUAAGCCUAAUUUGUCGGACGGUACCUGUCGGUCCUGCUCAAUGGGGCGGGUUAACUGCUGCGAUCAGCUUGGGUUCAUUAGAUAUAGUGGGAGUGCCGGUGGUCUGUCCGAUCAUAUCGUCGUGGAUAGGAAGCAUGCGAUCCAACUACCUGAAUCAAUUCCAUUAGAAAUCGGAGCAUUGGUAGAACCUCUAUCCGUCGCCUGGCAUGCCGUCAAUCGGAGCCCUCUCCAAAAAGGCGACACCGCACUCGUCAUCGGCGCAGGCCCAAUCGGCCUAGCAAUCGUCCAAGUACUGCGAGCACGAGAAAUCGACACAAUCAUCGUGGUGGAAGUUUCCAAACGACGGCGCGAAUUCGCCGCUACCUUUGGGGCAUCUCACAUUCUAGACCCUACAGAGGUAGACGCCGUUGCAGAGAUACGAGCUAUCACUGGCGAUUUCAAGGGUGCUUCGGUUGCCUUUGAGUCUUCCGGUGUUCAGGCGGGACUUGAUACUGCCAUGGCAGGAACUAGGGUGCGUGGGACGACGGUUAUAGUCUCGCUCUGGGAGAAGAAGCCCGUUCUGGAUGCUAUCGCUGUCGUCCUUGGGGAGAAGCAUAUCGCGGGCGCGGCGGUGUAUGAUGAAGGGGACUUUGCGGGUGUGAUUGGUGCUAUUGAGUCGGGCAAAAUUCAGCCACAAUCUAUGAUCACCAGUACGAUUCCUAUGGAGGAGAUAGUUGAGAAGGGAUUCAAGGCACUUAUUCACGAAAAGGAUCAGCAUAUCAAGAUUCUUGUUGAUAUCUCGGCGUAA